AUGGCUUUCUUUGUGUACUUCCUCGCCACGGCGCUGUACCUUUCCGCGCCGGUGUGGUCCGCCGCUAUCCGCUGUAGGGACAACGGCCCCGUUGUCAGUGUGAAGAAUGGCUCGUACGCAGGCAUUCACAGCGCAGAGUAUGACCAGGACUUUUUCCUUGGAAUGCCAUACGCCAAGACUCCUGAACGAUUCCGCAUCGCCCAAGGCCUAGACUCAACAUGGGACGGCACCCAUACAGCCACGGAGUACCCAAAGCAUUGCAUCGGAUACGGAUCUGACAUGAUCGGCUAUGAGUCUUCGGAAGACUGUCUGUAUCUCAAUGUUGUUCGCCCAGCCGGCGUGGCUCCCGACGCGCAGCUUCCCGUAGCUGUGUGGAUCCAUGGAGGCGGUCUGUAUAUGGGCGGAUCAGCGGAUAGGCGUUACAACCUCUCCUUCAUUGUCGAGAACAGCGUCAAGCAAGGGACUCCCCUCGUUGCGGUCAGCUUGAACUAUCGUCUGUCCGUCUUUGGCUUCCCGGGUGGCAAGGAGGCCCUUGAUGCUGGCGCGACCAACUUGGGCUUCAGAGAUCAACGCCUGGCUCUGCAUUGGGUCAACGAAAACAUUGCCAGCUUCGGUGGUGCCGCCGACAAGGUCGUUAUCUUUGGUGAAAGUUCAGGUGCUGAAAGUGUCGCUGGGCAAGUGCUGGCAUACAACGGACGCGACGACGGCCUUUUCAGGGGCGCGGCUGCGGAAUCCGGCUUCGGAGGACUCAUUCCCCGUAUGGUCGGCGGCUUCAACUCCACUUCCUACCAGAGCAACUACGACCUCUUCGUCGGCAACAUUUCCACCUGCGCCUCCACUGUCGGCACCCAGGAGUCGAUAGAGUGCCUGCGUACAGCACCUUUGGAUGAGUUCAACGCUGUGCUGAACGCGACUACGUCUCCCUUCAGCUUCAUCCCCAUGAAGGAUGGCGACUUUCUCGCAGACUUUGCGACGUCGCAACUCGAACGCGGAGACUUUGUAAAGGUUCCCGUUUUGAUCGGAUCCAACUCUGACGAAGGUUCUGCAUUCGGCCAGGGAAGGGGCCCGAACGGUGGGCCGAUCAACACUGAUGAGGACAUGGCGUGGGCCGUACGCAGCAUCAUGGCCCCCGAUGUCGAGGAGACUACAGGCCAAAGCAUCGAGGAGCUUGUUGACGAGGCAUUAGCUCUGUACCCCGAUGACCAGGCUGUUGGCAUCCCGAGCUUGCAGACGUGGCCACAUAUCAUCCAGCCCGGCGAGGAAAUUGCCGUAGCUCGCGGUCUGCAGCAGAGACGCGGCGGGGCUUUCUUCGGAGACAUGUACCUAUGUCCCAAUGACCCUCCUUCGCAUAGCAUGUUCUUUGGUUUCCUACGCCGCCGUGCCAACAUCAUAUGGUCCCAAAACGGCGUGCCGUCCUACGCGUACCGCUUCGACGUUACUGUGAAUGGAGUGCCAGAGUUCAUUGGCGCGACUCACUUCCAGGAGGUCGCAUUCGUAUUCAACAACCUUAAUGGCCUUGGCUAUGACAUAAAUCCUUUUGGAGGAAACGACACGGCCUACACUGAGAAGGCCACCGCGCUGUCAAAGACAAUGUCCGCGGCGUGGGUUAACUUCUUCGUCUCCCUCGAUCCUAAUGGUGCUCCGGGCCUGGGUGAGUGGCCUGCGUAUUCGACGGACGGUGGUGCAUCUGGCAGCGACGUGGUAUUUGGCCUCAACGGCACAGUGUUGGAGACGGACGACUGGCGGGUAGAAGGUAUGAGCUGGAUGAUUGAGCACGGGCUCGACAUCUUUGGGAACUAA